AUGGAUAAAUCACCUUUAUAUCGUUUAAAAAACUUAAACAAUCAUAAUAUAAUAUCAGUAUUCAAAGAUCAAUUCAAAAUUGGUCGUGCUACAACUAAUGAUUUAUCAAUUGCAAAUAAUCCAUAUAUAUCUUCAUCUCAUUGUAUAUUUGAAUAUGAUCAUGGUCGUCUCUAUAUACGUGAUAAUAGUUCUAAUGGUACAUUAAUUAAUCGAUCAAAUAAAAUAAGUAAAAAUGAUCCCCGUGUAGAAAUUCAGUCAGGUGAUAUUGUGCAUAUAGUUUUUCGAAAAGAUGAACCUGAAUCAAAUGUUAUUUUUCAAGUGGAAUUACCAAUAGUAAAUCAAAUUGAAGAACAAUCAAAUAAAGAUUUGUCUCCAUUUGAUGAAGUUUCAUAUCCAUCGAUUCCCCCAUCAUCUCCUAAUGAAACUCAAGAAAAUAUUGAUUUCUCUAGUCUAAUGAAUACAAGUACAGAUGUUGAAUUAAAACCAACUAAAACAAAAGAAGAACCACGAAAAGAAUUUGCAAUGGAAGCUGGUGAUGAUAUGGAAGAUGUAUUGACAUGUGUGUGUUGUCAAGAUAUUAUGUCUAAUCCAAUAAGUCUUGAACCAUGUUUACAUGCAUUUUGCAAUGAUUGUUAUGCUUCAUGGGAAGCUGUUCAACGAACUUGUCCUAAAUGUCGUGUUAAAGUUAUUGGCAAGAAAAAAAAUUUUGUAAUUAAUGGAAUUUUAGAAGCUUAUCUCAAAGCAUAUCCACAUAAACGACCUGUAUCGAAACAAUCUGAUGAACAUAGUGACGAGUCAACAAAAAUGAAACCUACAAAACAUGAAGUUGGUCUGGAUGGAAUGUAUUUAGAUAAUAUCCAAUAUGAACAUGAUGAUUAUGGUGAUGAUGAUGAUAUGGAUGAUGAUGAUGAUGAAGUAAGUUAUUAUUAUUUUUAA